AUCUUGACAUGUGCAGUAGAUCCUCACAUUAUACAGAGGAACCUCCUCCCGACGCACUACAGCCACGGUGAGCUCAUGGGAGAGCUGGCGGAGCGCACGCCUCCACACACCUCCACACACACACACCUCCACACACACACACACACCUCCACACACACACACACCUCCACACACACACCUCCACACACACGAGCGCGGAUCUGUUUCCCCGUCGCCCCACUGCUUCGCCGAGGCUCGGCCGCUGAAGACGCUCGCCAGACGCACAGAUGGAGAAAGACGCGAGACCCAGCUGGGACAGCCCCGUGGAGUUCUUGCUGGCGUGCGUCUCCUACGCAAUCGGACUGGGGAACGUGUGGCGCUUUCCAUACCUGUGUCAGAUGCACGGCGGUGGAGGGUUCUUGAUUCCAUAUCUUAUCAUGCUGUUUCUGGAGGGUCUGCCCUUAUUCUGCUUGGAGCUUGCCAUCGGUCAGAAGAUGCGUCUUGGUAGCAUCGGGGCAUGGACUGCCAUCAACCCUUAUUUGGGAGGAGUAGGUCUGGCUAGUGUCAUGACUUCCCUGUAUCUGUGUCUCUAUUACAACAUCAUCAAUGCAUGGAGUUUCUGGUACCUCUUCAAUUCAUUUCAAUCGGUCCUGCCCUGGGCAGAGUGUCCCAUCAAUUCCAACCGAACAGGACCUAUAGAGGAGUGUGAACUGGCCACGCCCACCCAGUACUUCUUCUACAGGGAAACACUGGACAUUUCUUCUUCGAUUGAAGAGAAUGGGGGCGUUCAGACCGGCCAGGCACUGUGCCUCCUGCUUGCCUGGGUGAUUUCUUACCUGUUUGUUGUCCGAGGAGUAAAGUCAACUGGAAAGGUGGUGUACUUCACCGCCACAUUUCCAUACGUGGUCCUCCUCAUCUACCUGAUAUGGGGCUUCACUCUUCAUGGUGCCAUCAAUGGUGUGAAAUACAUGUUCACACCCAAGAUGGAACAGCUUGCCAACCCCACUACAUGGGUCAACGCAGCCACGCAGAUCUUUUUCUCUCUGGGUUUGGGUUUUGGGUCGCUCAUAGCUUUCUCCAGCUACAACCAGUACAACAACAACUUUGAGCGCCAGGCCGUCGCCGUGUCCAUCAUCAACAGUGGAACGUCCAUCUUUGCCAGCAUUGUCACCUUUUCCAUCUAUGGGUUUAAGGCGACCAUCAACUACGAGAGCUGUCUAGAAAGGACACGCAUACUGCUGCUGAACACCUUCGAUCUGGCUGAGGACAAAAUCACGAUGGACACGGUGUUUGAGUGGAUUGAGAGGCUGAACGCGACGUACCCGCAGCAGUUCGCUGAAAUCAGCAGCAAACUGGAAACCUGUGACCUGGAGAAGGAACUCGACACUGCAGUGGAGGGUCCAGGUCUGGCCUUCAUAGUUUACAGCGAGGCCAUUAAAGACAUGCCGCUGCCUCAGCUGUGGUCGGUGCUAUACUUCUCCAUGCUCCUGCUGCUGGGAAUGGGCAGCAUGCUCGGCAACAUCACCGCCAUCAUCACUCCGCUGCGGGACUUCAAGGUCCUUUCCUCCAUGAGCAUCGAGUUGUUAAAUGGUAUUGUGUGUCUGUUCUGUCUGCUGCUCGGCCUCGGCUUCACCACCACGUCAGGGAGUUACUGGUUCACCAUGUUCAACGACUACGGCGCGACGUUCUCCCUGCUGUUCGUCGUCCUCGUCGAGGUCAUCACCGUCAGUUACAUCUAUGGAAGUAAAAGGUUCGAAAAAGACGUGGAAGACAUGCUCGGUCAUCGUCCAAACUGGUACUGGAGGAUCAUGUGGAAAUUCAUCAGUCCUCUUCUCCUCAUCACCGUCUUCGUCUUCUACAUCGUCAACUACAUCAGGGGCGGGACGCCCACCUACCAAGCAUGGAACAAAGAGCUGGGUCAGUCCGUGGUGACGGAGUAUCCGGUCUUCGGUCAGGUGUUCAUCGGGCUGCUGCUGGUGUCGUCCAUCAGCUGCAUUCCCCUCACCGCUCUGUAUGUCUACUGCACAAGGACAAAACGUGGGAACCGUCGCCGGCAGCUCACUGUGAGCACGGUAUCUGCUGAAGGGCUCGCACCAUGACCCCCGCACGUCUGUCCUCAGACACGGCAACGGUACAAUUAUUUAUCUGCUACAAAAAAAAAUCCAAAAGAUUAAAGGAGACAUAUUAUACUCAUAUUCAGGUUCAUACUUUUAAUUUGUGUUACCACAUGAAAAGGUCUACAUGCUCUAAUGUUCAGAAAAGGAAUCAGUUUUCUCAUAAUGUCCAUUCCUGUACCUCCUCUUUUCACCCUCUGUCUAAAACGCCUGGAUUUAUUUUAGCCCCGCCUCCUGAUAAACCCCAGUCUGCCCUGAUUGGCCAGCUGGCCCAGUCUGGUGUGAUUGGUCAACCGCUUUCAAAUUUGUGUUGGAAAUGUCACGCCCUUCACCAGAAAAGUGGAAAUUCUCCGAUUGCAGGCGGGGUUACCCCCAAAAGAGUCCAACUGUAUAAUCUGAACCAGUUGUUCAGAGCCAGGCUUUAGGUUUUAGUAAGCACACGAAAAAAAAUGACAUGGUGGACUUUUUUCACAAUUUGCGGGCCGGCAGGCUCUGCAGAUACCCACAUGUAUGUGCACAAACACUGAAAAAGUGAUUUUUGCAUAAUAUGUCACCUUUAAAAGCAAAUCUGCUCCUCAAAAGAAAACAAACCGGUGGUAUCUGGAGAAAAGCCACAGCUUCAUCGUGGAACAUGUUAUUAAUGCAGAUACAGUUUAUUGUAGCUGUAAUUCAGUGUUUCCAAUGACACUAGUUCACUAAAUGAUCUUGAUAUGAUGGAUACAUGUCUGUAGAUAUGUACCACACUCUACCACAGUAGAUUAGUUAUUUUUAAUGUUAUGAUGUUUCAUAUCCCUUGAAUAGUCACGUAUCUCUUCAGUAGGGCCAAGCCAAGUUCAUUUGUAGAAAUACAAAAUCCCUCGGUGGGAUUUUAGUCAAGCGACAGGAUUACAGAGAGCCACGCUCUGCUGCCUAUUAACUGUAACAUUUCCUGUUUUAUGAAAAAAGGAAAUUUUUGAAGCAUAACAGAAGAGGAAACUCCUAGCAAACAUCACACCACAUUGAGUUUCACCUGUUUGAAGAAAAUAAGAUGUUGGACUCGAGUCUAGUCAUGUAAUCAUAGCUUGUAUUGAGUUGUCUAGUUAGUAGAUUUGUGUAAUCUCUUUGUACAAAAAACGUUUUCCUACAUAUGAUGAAUUUUUUGAUAACUAGUUUUAUAUCUGUUUGAUAUCUGCUGCGACUCCCUGUCUGUAAGAGUAAAGCAGAGCACAUGAAGUCACUUGUCUGAACCAUGAGCAGUGCCACGGGCCAAAUAUGAAUGUAACACUGAAAUGCAUUGCUGCAUGCAACGUGUGAACUGUGUACAUAUUGUACAAAUGCGUCUUCCGACGACAAUGAAUUGCAAUUAAAAAGUUUCACAUUGAUUGAAAUCUAA